CAUGAUUUUGCAGCUGGUGAGAUUAUGAAGAACGAUGAUGAUACCAAAGAAGACACCCAGUCACAAGUCAAGAACUCAGUCAGCAUGGAGAAGAACUGCUGCAACAAGGACACUUUCAGGUUUGAAUGUCUCCUUGUGGUCAUAUGAGCUCUAGCUAACUACUUUGAUUAGAGAACAUGUUUUGUGCAUAAGGAGACACAUUUAAUUUGUUUACGGUUAAUGGACACUACACUCCCAGUAUCAUAUUCAGCAAUGCAGUGGUGGUACAGGCAGCAUAGCAUUUGAACUGACAAAUAACUGCACAUGGUUGGAUUGUUGGUUAUCUAAUAUCUGUUAAGGCUAUUCAAAAAUGUAAUUGGAACGAAUGCACACAGGCUUACUAUUUCCUUAUUAGGUCUGUAUUCCCCCAGACAGAACACAGUGCAACCUCACAGUGUCUGCAAGUGCCACCACCCAAUACAAAGCUGAGAGCAUAAUACAGGAGUAUUAUUGUCAUUAGGUUUGCCAAUGCAUUGCAUUCCCACACAUAUUAGAGAAAUACCACCACUGCCACUUUGUGUUCAUUUCCUUGCUAGAAGUUUCCUCAUUGUGGACUGGUGUUGAGCAAAUUAUUACAGACUAAGUAGCAUUUUCUAGCAUUAAGGGGUUGUUUUCACAUAGUGGGUCUUACGUGGCCCCUUCUUGAUCCUGCUUAGCCUGUAAUCCUUCUCAGUGUACUUCAGACCCUCCAAAAACAUUCUCAUGUCUCUCAUUCUCUUCCAGAGGCUGGAUUUUAUGGACGGUUUCAUUGCUCCGCCAAAAGUAAACAUUAGUUGUCAGAUAUGUCCUAGCUGGUCUAUCCUACUCUUCUUCCACCUGUUAUACUGUAAGGAAUUCUAAGACAGGACCUUUGGUGAAUCUGUAGGCAAUUCUGUGCUUUUGCAUCAUCAGGAGUUCUGUAUGGUCUUUCAUAUCAAAUUUAGACUCUCACAGGAUGCCAAGGGAAAGUGCAGUGAUGAGGGUCUCACUUUGAUGGAUCUUGGAACAAGAAAGAAUCGCCAAGGACAUAAAUCUGCAGUUGGACCACUGUAGAAGACUAUGAUCUCUGCAAAUAUUCAAGUAUCCAAAUCUCCAUUUAAAGGAAAAACGAGUAAUCUGCAGUGAAACUUUCCCGUUGUAAACAAGGAAGAACCACCUGCCUUUCUGAACUCCUCAUCGCAUCAGUGACCUCCUCCAUAUUUCCGUCCUCUCUUCCCGACACUGAGAUUCCUUCCAGAAGCUCACCCACAAUGGAUGAGAUCCGCCGGUUGUUCAAUUCGCAAGGUGCCACACAGCUUUGACAACGCCUUCCUCAUCUGUGGUCAAAGGGCCAACCGGCCCAAGAAAGAGAACUUCAGGUGGACAUGAUAGGCUUUGCCGAGUUCCUAUUUUCUGUUCUCCUUGGCCUUAUUUAGACUUGACUUCCUCUUUCUCUGUCUAACAUCAAUUUGUUUUAAAUCGAAAUGCAUUGCAUAUGGUUCUUCGUUGCAAGGGUUUAGUUGAUUAACACAAAGUACCGUAAGACUGGAUACUAAUGAUUCUUCUUGACUAAAAUGUCCAGCAAUGACUUCUCCAUUUUAUUCCAAUGUCUGUCUUUCUCUGAGUACAGAGGGUCUUAGUUGGUAGAGAAGUUAGACUAAUUUUUAAUGUCUUGAUUGUAGGCCUUGGACCCUUGGUUGAUCAGCCUAUUGAGCUCAGAGCAGGCAGUGUGUUCGGCCUCUUCCGUUCUGGAUCGUAAACUCUGGCAUGCGUAUCUUUUGAUUUGAUAACACAAAUUGGCCUGUUGUUAACCGAAUUGAAAGGCCAUGAUGUUAGGACCAUAGAGAUCAUACGUCAGUGUUUUAUUUAGUUCUGUGCUUAGGACAUGGUAAGGGAUGAGCUUAGUUCUUCGUUGAGAAGUGUUCUUCAUUCACUGUUUCUGAAUUGAUAUAGGCUAUGGUUAGAGAGACGUGACUAGGCUUUAUCAACCACCACUGUCCAUUCAAGACUGGCUAAACAUGAUAUUGUUGCUGUGUAACUAAAUAAGCGUCUGAAAGUUGCAGUCCAAUUUGUCAGGCUUUUGCUCUGAGUUUUUGGGAAAACUGCUGUGCAAGAGAAUCAUGAUCUGCUGUACUCGCACUCGCUUGCUCCCUCUCUUGCUCCCUCUCGCUCUUUCUCGCUCCCUCUUUCUCUCUCUCCCUCCAGGCUUCACAUGGUCACGUGGAACGUCGCUACAGCUGAUCCUCCAGAUGACAUCAGCUCCUUGCUUCACCUGAACUCCCCAAAGACCCCAGACCUCUACGUGAUUGGGUGGGUUGCGGAGCUACUGCAUUCUGAUUGGACAUUGAAUGAGACAGACAGUACAAUGGCAUUGCAGGAAAAUCAGUUUUUUACUGUGUAAAGUCUACAAAGUUUAUUCUGAGUGGCAUGGUGAAAAUGCUUCAGUAGGUUUAUUUGUAACAUACUAAUGUUACAGGCAACAAUAGUUAUAACCUGUGUGUGUCUGUCUGUCUGUCUGUCUCUUUUGUAGUCUCCAGGAGGUGUACGCUGCUCCUCACAGGUUCAUCAUAGACAUGGCCGUUGAGGACUCCUGGAGCCAUCUCUUCAUGUCCAGCCUGGCACCACGAGGCUACCUGAAGGUACAACAGUAGGACAUAUGGCUUCAUAACACUAAUAAUAGCACUCCAGCACCAUAGACCGGUUUGAACUAGUUUUAUGCCACCAACCUUAGUCUGAAGUAACAGAAGAAUGUGCUCCCAACAUAGUUUGUCCUCGCAGUUUAUUUUCACCUUGUCUUUCAAAGCAAUAUCAUUUGCUUCUUAUGUGCCACUCCGCUUCCACACUUCUGAGUCUGCCUUUUGUCUUUCUCCAGAAUACUUAAAGACCCUGAAAAUAGCCCAGGUUUGUGUUGCAGGUGUCCUCAAUCCGAAUGCAGGGCCUCCUACUGCUGUUCUUCUCCAGACUGGCCCACGUUCCAUUCAUUAGAGACAUCCAGGCCACCUACACUCGCACAGGCAUCUUCGGCUACUGGGUAAGAUCAGGCUCAGUGGAUGUUUUUACUUAUUAUGACAGCUUAUAGCAAGUGUUAUAAAUGCACCUAUAAGGCAUUGUGUGUGAGCCUCACGUAAAAAGGGCUUUAUUCAUACAUUUGAUUGAUGGACCUUGCGCCCAACAGGGGAAUAAAGGCGGGGUGUCCAUCCGUGUGUCUUUCUACGGCCACAUGCUCUGCUUCCUCAACUGCCACCUGGCAGCACACAUGCAGUACGCCUCGCAGCGCGUCGACGAGUUCGAGUACAUCCUAGACACACAGAUCUUCGACCCCAAAAAGACACCGCGAAUCCUCGACCACAAGUCAGUAUACAUUAAACGCACGUUGUCAGUUGAGUGUGUAUUCUUCGAUAUUCACAGUUUCUGCUUUAGAGUUAGAAAAGGAGGAGCUUGGCAUCUGCUUGUGAGAUGAUUUGAAGUACUUCUGUGCUCUCUCUGUGUUGAAUGUUCAGUGGCCUCUCUCUCUCGUUCUCUCGUUCUUUCUCUCUCUCAUUCCCCCUCUCUCUCAGGCUGGUCUUUUGGUUUGGGGAUUUGAACUUCCGCAUCCAAGAUCACGGCAUGCAUUUUUUGCGCAACUGCAUCACCAGCCAUAAAUUCAACUUACUGUGGAGCAAAGACCAGGUCAGACUCAUGAGAGAUGCAUCUGUUUUGCUAUAUCUUGGAGAAUACUAUACAUAGAUUUGACUAGAUUGGAAAACGGACAGUGGCUUUUCAUUUUACACAUGUACAGUUAGUUGUCUUGUUUUCAUGCAUGUAAGACAUAAGAUGUAUCCCAAAUGGCACACUGUUCACUUUAUAGUGCACUACUUUUGACCAGGGCCUAUAGAGCUCUGAUCCAAAAGAAGUGCAAGAAGUGCACUAUAAUGUGAAUAGGGUUCUAUUUGGGAUGCAGACAUCUUAGUUCCUGAGGAUGUUGAAUGUAAUGCUUUUGUUGUCAUUCUGUGUGGUUGUAUCAGUUGACCAUGAUGAAGAAGAAGGAGGCUUUCCUGCAGGAGUUUGACGAGGGACCUCUGGACUUUCAACCAAGCUACAAAUUCGACAGGUUCUCUGACUGCUAUGACAGCAGGUAAUGGCUGACGUGCAAUCAUAGGCAUAUGGGAACACUCGCACACAUAUAGAGUUAUGCGUGCACAGACACGGUCACUGGCACACAAACAAACACACUUUCUCUCCUGAUGUUUAUUACUCUUUGGCUCUAUAAAGCAUCCCUCAGAUUUCCCACAUUUGUGUCAUCUUUUCUGCUUGCUUUUACUGAGCUGACUCCUGCUCUCCUUACAAGACACUAUUAUUCAAAUGCUCAACUCUGCUCUCUUUCAACUUCACAGGCCCCACAGGACAUGGUUUGUUUUUCAGUAAGCUGCUCAAAACACCCUUCCCUUAAUACCACCCUAAUCCCCCUUAAGCAGAAUACUGUUCCUGCACAAUAAGCCCACUAAAACGUUUGCAAGACCGUUACGGAUAGAUUUUUGCAAUGGAAAGUCAAAAUGCCUCUCUCUCCCACAAAAUGGUGCCUACAGAACACCAGACCUUGCUCUCUUGUGAUAAAUACCAUAGUUGUCUGCAGCUAACACAGUUGUGCCUCUUAACAGUACAUACGGUAUAUCAAAGUCGCUUUAUUGUUCAUAUGAAGCCAGUGGAAAAUUCCAUUGAAACGUAUCAGCAUUGUGCGGCGGUGUCUGCCAUUCUCAGUGGAAACAGUAUUCAGGAUUUGUUAAGCCUAAUUAAUUUAACCCCCACAAUACAGUCUCACUCAGAGAGAGAGAGAGAGAGAGAGAGAGAGAGAGAGAGAGCGAGAGAGAGAGAGGAGAGAGAGUAGAGAGAGAGAGAGAGAGAGAGGAUCUCCGACUAGAGCGAGAUCGACUCUCUGCAGCUCUGCUCCUCUGAGACUCUCUCUCGCCUCUUCUUGUCUCUGCUCCUCUGCCUCUCUCUCGCUCGUCCUCUCUCUCUCUCUCUCUCCGUCGACCUCUCUCUCACUCGUCUCGAUCGCUCUCCCUCUUCGCUGCUCUCUCGGUAUCCUCAUCCACUCCUACCUUUACUCCCCUGACGAGUGUCUACGUCACUCUGAUGACAUGCUCCUAGGGCAAUAGACUGUCGAAAUACAGGAGACGAACUCGCUAUUUCUCAGCUGAUGCUCUGCAGACCCACGAUUCCAUGAAAGGAACAGUGCAUUCGAAGUAUAGCCCUGAUUUCACAUUCUUACGUACGGAGGGAUAUCUCUAAAAAGAUCAUGGUUAUUCCCUAAGAUAAAUCACAGGACUACCGCCCCAUAAGUAAAGACAUCACGGAAGAUGGACGAAAGUUGUUGAGAAGUUUGAGCCUAAGCUUUAGGUAUAGGUAGUACUAUACUUACAACCAGUACAACCCGGAAAUAAAUUUUUCGCAGCACCUCUUCCAUUACACCCCCUAAUGGCCAGCUAGUUUCUUGAAAUCCUCUCAAUUUUAUUAUGGGGACUGGACCCCUUUUGCAUGCUUUAUAGCACGCCAGAAGUCAUUGGGAUCGCAACGAAAAUGUUAGACGGGUUAAGCCAGCUUGGCUGGGCCAAAAUGAGAUUAGAAGAAAUUUUUUUUUCCGGAAAAACCCACAAAAAAGAUAAAAUCUAAUCCAUCCCAAGUUUUAAAAAACCCCCGGGGGUUCAUUUUUCGAACCCUAAACCCCCGAGGCUUGCCCAAAAAAAACCCCCCCCCAAAAAAAAACCCCCGAAACCACGCAAACCCAAAAACCCCCCUUUUACCCCCAAAAAAUUGCCAAAACCCGUUGGAGCCUUUUUGGAUUUUGGGACAGUCGUGCUGAUUCCGGGGGGAAACCCGGGAGUGGGGAAGAGAGAAAGGGAUUUGUCGAAGCAUUCGUUUCUAACUGACUAGCUUUAGCCCCCCUUUUACCGAAUUAUUAUAGUUUUUCGAACAAUAUCGGGCAUUCGGAUUUUUCACACCUUAUUUUCCCCUUUUACGACAGCCUUAUUCUAAAAUGGAUUAAAUUGUUUUUUUCCUUUCCCCCCCCACACCAAUUACCAAAUAAAAAAAAAAUAGUUUAAAAUUUUUUAAAAUAAAAAAAAUAUAUAAAAUGAAUAUUCCCCUUUACUAAUAUUUCAGACCUUUCCGAUUCCCUAAACCCUUUUGGGGCAUUACCCCUCGUUCUUCUUGGUAGACCUACCCCUUUUGCGGGGCCUCGCCCGUCGUGAUAGGUCCUCCAAGUGUGUUUAGUUUCCGGGUUGUGGGUUAAAAGAGUUCGGAGGGCCCCAAGAGAUCAAUUUCCCCCCCGCGUUGUUUGGCUGUGUGCUUAGGGUUGUUGUCCCUUUUGGAAUGUGAACCUUCACCACAAUCUGAGGUUCUGAGUGCUCUGGAGCAGGUUUUCAUCAAGGAUCUCUCUGUUCUUUGCUCCGUUCAUCUUUCCCUUGAUCCUGACAAGUCUCUCAGUCCCUGCCGCUGAAAAACAUCCCCACAGCUUGAUACUGCCACCACCAUACUUCACUGUAGGAAUGGUGCCAGGUUUCCUCCAGACGUGACACUUGGCAUUCAGGCCAAAGAGUUCAAUGUUGGUUUCAUCAGACCAGAGAAUCUUGUUUCUCAUGGUCUGAGAGUCUUUAGGUGCCUUUUGGCAAACUCCAAGCGGAGUGGCUUCCGUCUGGCCACUGAGGAGUGGCUUCCAUCUGGCCACUCUACCAUAAAGGCCUGAUUGGUGGAGUGCUGCAGAGAUGGUUGUCCUUCUGGAAGGUUCUCCCUUCUCCACAGAGGAACUCUGGAGCUCUGUCAGUGACCAUCGGGUUCUUGGUCACCUCCCUGACCAAGGCCCUUCUCCCCCGAUUACUCAGUUUGGCUGGGCGGCCAGCUCUAGGAAGAGUCUUGGUGGUUCCAAACUUCAUCCAUUUACCUCAUGGCUUGGUUUUUGCUCUGACGUGCAUUGUCAACUGUGGGACAUUUAUAUAGACAGGUGUGUGCCUUUCCAAAUCAUGUCCAAUCAAUUUAAUUUACCCCAGGUGGACUCCAAUCAAGUUGUAGAAACAUCUCAAGGAUGAUCAAUGGAAACAGGAUGCACCUGAGCUCAAUUUCGAGUCUCAUAGCAAAGGGUCUGAAUACUUAUGUAAAUAAGGUAUUUCUGUUAUUUUUUCUUCUAAAACCCUGUUUUCGCUUUGUCAUAAUGGGGUAUUGUGUAUAGAUUUGAUAAGGGGGAAAAAAUAAAUGUUAUCCAUUUUAGAAUAAGGCUGUAACGUAACAAAAUGUGUAAAAAGUGAAGGGGUCAGAAUACUUUCCGAAUGCACUGUAGCUGUAUGUAUUCCUGUGUGUGUGUGUGUGUGUGUGUGUGUGCACGUGUUUGUGUGCGUCAGUGUCUUUACUUACGGUCUCCACCGCUGUGCACCAAUCAGUACAAUUGAGAGGGCACUCACUGCAUGAGUCACCCAGUGAGACGGGGUGGCAAACUACCGGUAAUCAGCUAUGAGAGACUACUAAUGAGGGAUAUGAAAGGAGACAAAGCACUGCGGAAUCUGAUCCAUCAUGUAGAGCAAACUGAAAUAACACUGAGAUGGAGGAAAUGCUAAAGAAAUCCAGCUACCUUAUGAGAUUACUUAUCAUACUCUCUCCAUCUCUAACACUCAUGAGUCUCUCACACAGGCUUUGUUGAAAUAUCCACACUAGCAGACUACUAGAAUGAAUCAAUGUAUUGGGCAUGCACUCUAAGUGAUAUACUAGUUUAUUUGGAACAGUCUUUCUGUUUCUCUCCAUCUCUCCCAUUCUGACUUAAUAAUUUUCUUUCUCUCACUAAAUCCCUGUCUCUUCUCUCGUCCGUCCGUCUGUCUGCCCAGUGGUAAGAUGCGUAAGCCGGCCUGGACAGACCGGAUCCUGUGGAGGGUGAAGCCCAAAGAGCCACCCCCAGAGGAGAAGGACGAGGACAGGGACUCUGGUCUGGAUGAGAAGAACACCAAGCAGCAGGAGGAGGAGGAAGAGUUCCCUCUGAAACUCGAGCAGGACUCGUACACCAGCGACAUGGAGUACGGCGUCAGCGACCACAAGCCUGUCAUCGGCAUCUUCACCUUGGAGGUGACUGAGACAGCUGCAUUUCCCAUUCCCGCAUCUGGGACUGUAUAAAGUUAUUCAUUAUGAUCUAAGAGGCAACACUUACUGACCCUAGAUCAGCACUCCUACUCUGAGAUGCUUUUUGAAAUACAGGCCCUGAACUGCUUCUCCAAUGUGACUCUUGAUAGUGAUACCGUAUGAUGCGAAUAUACUUCUUCACCCUCUAACCAAUCCUGACUACCUCUUCCCUCUAUCUAUUCUGUCAUUCCCUCCUGUCUAUCCCCACACUGUAGUUGAGGAAGAUGUACGAGACGCCGUUGGUGCGCGUGUGUGCCGAGGGGGAAUGGAGCGCCGACUUUGAUGCCAUGGUGAUCUACAGCCCCCUUCAGCCCUUCCCUUCUAGUGCCUGGGACUGGAUAGGCCUCUACAAGGUCCGAGUCUACUUAACCCUCUGAUGUUCUUUUGAAUCGUAGAAGUAUCAUCGAUGUGUAGUUUUUACAGAUGUGUAUUUGUGUGUUACAGGUGGGAUUCAGGAGUGUUUCGGACUACAUUACCUACACCUGGGUGAAGGAUGAUGAGGUCUCAUUUAAUGACGAGCUCACCCAGGUAAUAUGACUGCGUGUGUGUGUCUCUUUUUUGUGUUUUAUGAUAUGGAGAUGCUUGAAUAUGUUUCUGUGUUUAUCCAGGUCUAUGUGAGCAAGGAUGAGAUUCCGGUGCUCGGAGGGGAGUGCGUGCUCUGCUACUACUGCAGUACGCUCCAAUGCAUUGGGGGUAUUAGCUCACCCUUUAAGGUAAGUGCAAGUUUACUUUAAGUCACCAAGAACAGUCUAGACAUAGAGAAUAUACAUUUUUGGCCAGUUUUCCGGCCAGUUUUUCAGCUUAGUCCUGGACUAAAAAGAUUGGAGAUUCUCCAUUUGAAGUUUGGAUUUAUACAUGUCUCUAUGGUUUUAGGUACAAGAGUCCAAAGUGGCCGUUGAGGAAGGUCUAGUGCCGGAGAACAUCAACGGCCUUGACAAGGCCACAGCCAGUUCGGACCUGUGAGUGGACCAGACAUGCCCUCGAACUCUGUCUGUCCGUCUAUGCUGUUACACAGCUGCCCUUUUGACCUCGGGUGGCCUUCCUGCAAGCUGUGCUGCUGCUGGAGUCAUGGAAUGUUACUUAAAAACUAUAGGCCAGUGCACUUUGUUUUUAAUGAAUCAAACUGUUUCUGUCUUGUUCUCCACUGCCAGUAAUGUCGGCAACAGAACCUGUGCGUUUAUUUCUGUUCUGUUCAGAUGUUGAUCCCGCUUUUAAAGUCAGUCGCAGAGAGAUAUUGGCAGUAGCGUUUUAAGAAAGGUUGAGUGUUUUUGUUAAGUGUAUUUAUGUUUUUUGGUGUUUCUCUGGAUUCAUACAGAACACAUUGGACGGUGUUCCAGGUAGCUUGUACUAAAGUAAUAAUAAUAAUAAUAAAAUGCCAUUUAGCAGACGCUUUUAUCCAAAGCGACUUACAGUCAUGUGUGCAUAAAUUUUUACAUAUGGGUGGUCCCGGGGAUCGAACCCACUACCCUGGCGUUACAAGCGCCAUGCUCUACCAAUUGAGCUACAGAGUCGUGGCUGUUUCACUUGAACAUUUGACCAAUCAUAAAAUGGUAUCAUUAAUGCAUGAAUAUUACGUAAUUAUGUUUUAAAUAAUGGUUCAUACAUUUUUUUUUUUCCCUUUAGAAACUUAG